AUGGGUAAUAAAAACUUAACGUCAAAAAAGGAUAAUAAUAUAAAAUGGUUAUCAAAUGAAAAAGUUUUAUUAGAUGAUAUUAAUAUAAUUGUUGUGGGUAUUAAUGGUGAUGAUAAAUCAAGUAAUGAUCUUCAAUUAUUAAAUGAACUUCGACAAAUAGUUAAUUCUGUUCAAACAUUUGAUGAUCCAAAUCUUUGUGAAAAUUUUCUUGAAAAUAAUGUCAACGAUAAUGAAAUCAUUUUUUUAAUAUUAUAUGAUAAAUUUGUUGAAAAAAUGGUUCCUCAUAUUCAUCAAUUAACAUCUAUCGAUUCAAUUUAUGUAUAUUGUAAAUAUAUAAAUCAAUAUGAUUUAUGGUCAAACAAAUAUUUUAAAUUAAAAGGACAUUUUUUUACUGAAAUUUAUAAACUUUGUUAUCAACUUAAACAAGAUAUUCGACAUUGUCAAAAUGAUCUUAUUUCAAUAGAUAUAUUAAAUAAAACAUUAACUAUUGAUAAAUUAAAUAAUCUUGAACCAGAUUUUAUGUAUUCACGAUUAUUAAAAGAAAUUUUAAUUAAUAUUAAAUAUGAUGAAUAUAAUAAAAAAGAAUUUAUUCAAUAUUGUUAUUUACAUUUAAAUAUAUUAAAUAUAGAUCAAAUAAAUAUAAUUAAGGAGUUUGAAAAUGAUUAUGAAAAACAUUCACCUAUAUGGUGGUAUACACGACAAUCUUUUAUCUAUGAAAUUCUUAAUAAAGCUCUUCGGACUCAAAAUAUUGAUGUUUUAAUUAAAAUGGGAUUUUUUAUAAAAGAUCUUCAUCACCAAAUUCAACAUUUAUACAAUUUACAAGAACAUUGUUCAAUGAUUGUUUAUCGUGGUCAAGGAAUAAAAAAUGAUCAAUUUGAAAAUUUAUGUAAAUAUAAAGGUGGUUUAAUAUCAUUUAAUACAUUUCUUUCAACAAGUCUUGAUAAAAAUGUAUCACUUAAAUUUGCUCGUCAUGCUAUUAAAAAGCCAGAAAAAGAAAUACUUUUUUCAACACAUACUGUUUUUCGUAUUGUUGAUAUUCAACAAAUAAAAGAUGAAAAUAAAAUUUGGCAAAUUUAUUUAAAAUUAACAAAAAAUCAAGAUGAUAUACAACUUGAACAAUUAACAAAACAUUUACGUGAAGAUAUUCAAUUAUUAUCAAAUCCUUGGGAAUGUUUAGCAAAAUUAAUGUUAACUAUUGGAGAAUUUGAUAAAGCAGAAAAAAUAUAUGAAAAUAUUUUAGAAAAUAUUUCUUCAAAUGAUUAUCAACAAUUAGCUUUUAUUUAUCAUCAACUUGGUUGUGUUCAUAAUGAAAAAAGAAAUCUUGAUAAAUCUCGUUACUUUUUUCAACAAUCAAUUGAUAUUAAAGCAAAUUAUUUACCUGAUAAAUAUAAUGAUCCACAAUUAGCUGAUACAUAUUCAAAUAUUGGUUCGAUUUAUCAUGCACAAGGAAACCUUAAUUAUGCUUUAUUUUAUUUUCAAUCAGCUCUUAAUACAAAAACAAAUGAUCAAAGAAUAUUAGCAUCUGUUUAUAAUAAUAUUGGAAUGGUUCUUACAAAACAAGAACAUUUUCAUGAUGCUCUUAUUUAUUUUAAAAAAAGUCUUAAAAUUGAUUUAAAUUUACUUCCUCAAACACAUCCUGAUCUUGCUAUAACAUAUUCAAAUAUUGGAAAAAUAUAUUUUAUUUUACAAGAUUAUUAUCAUGCAUUAUCUUAUUAUAAAAUGACAUAUGAUAUUCGUCGUUUAUCAUUACCUAGAAAUCAUCCAUCUAUUAUAAGAGCUAUUGAAAAUUAUCAAAAAACAGCUAUAUUAAUACCAAAUAAUACUUUACUAAAUAAUUUAUCAACACCUAUUUUAUCGAAAAAACAACAUUCUUAUUCGGUACUGUCAAAAUUUUCAAACGUAUUUAAGAAUAAAACUUUUAUGUAUGAUAAGAAAAAUUACUGA